AUGAAGGUCUCAGCAAUUUUUGUUCUGUUUGGUGCUUUCUUUGCCUGCCAAGGCUAUCGUCUAAAGGGAUAUGGGGGUGACUAUGAUGAUGGAUAUAAAGGUGACUAUGACGAUGGCCAUGGGAGUGGCUAUAAAGGUGGCUAUGUAGGAGGCUAUAAAAGUGAUAAUGACGAUGGCUAUCGAGGAGGUUAUAAAGGUGGCUAUGGAGGUGGCUAUGGAGGUGGCAAAAACGUUGGCUAUGCAGGUGGUUACGGAGUAGGGUAUAAAGGUGGCUAUGGAGGUGGCAUUGAAGGUGGCUAUGGGGGUGGCUAUGGUGGCAAAUAUGGAGGUGGCAAUGACGGCUACAAUGGCGGAAAAUAUGAUGAAUAUAAUAGAGGGUAUGGAGGAGGGUAUGGCGGCAGCUACAAUGGUGGUUACGGCGGUUUAAAUGGCGGCUACGUUCACGUUGGUGGCUUGAAAAAAAUGUUGGGUCAUGAAGGAGGAUAUGGAGGUUACGGUGGUGGCCAUGGUGGUUUCGGUGGCGACUAUGGUGGAUAUCAUGCAAAAAAAUACUAA